AGGAGCAAGCAAAAGCUAGCGACGAACAGUCAAUCUCAAGCUUACCCCAGCUGAACCAGGCAAGCAAAGGCAAGGCGAUCGAUCGAGCUGCUGGUAGAUCCGGCGUCGACGGCCGGCGGCGCGACUGGUUCGAUCUGAUCACUGCAUAUAUGGCUCUGGCGUGGAUGGUGGCGGCGGCCGUGGCGGCGGCGGUGGCGUCGUGGGUGUUCAACGCGGUGGUGGUGAGCCUGGUGUGGAGGCCCCGCGCCGUCGCCAGGCGGCUCCGGGCGCAGGGCGUCGGCGGGCCGGGAUACAGGUUCUUCUCCGGCAACGUCGGCGAGAUAAGGCGGCUCCGCGCGGAGGGCGCCGCCGUCGUGCUCGACGUCUCUUCGCAUGACUUCCUCCCCAUCGUGCAGCCACAGUUCCUUAAAUGGAUUGCUCUAUAUGGGAGGACAUUCUUGUUCUGGUUUGGAGCACAACCGAACAUAUGCCUCGCAGAUGUGAACAUGGUAAGGCAGGUGUUGUCGGAUCGUAUAGGGAUGUACCCCAAGGACCUAAUAAACCCACACUUUGUCCGCUUCGUUGGUAAGGGUCUCCUGCUCACCGAUGGUGACGAGUGGAAGCGCCACCAUAAAGUUGUCCACCGGGCUUUCGACAUGGAUAAGCUCAAGAUGAUGAUUGUGACUAUGUCCGACCGUGUUGAAUCCAUGAUGUCUAAAUGGGAAUUAGAGUUGGCGACGAGAGAAGAUAUUAUUGAGAUCGAGUUGAGCCAGCAGUUUGAAGAGCUCGCUGUUGAUGUGAUUUCACACACGGCAUUUGGGAGUAGCUAUAAGGAAGGGAAGUAGGUUUUCCAAGCACAGAGGGAGCUCCAAUUUCUUGCGUUUUCCACCUUCUUUAGUGUACAAAUCCCAGGGUUCAACUACCCCCCAACCAAGAAGAAUCUAAAGAUAUGGUCAUUAGAUAAGAAGGUGAGGAGCAUGCUCAUGGACAUCAUCAAGAGUCGGCUAGUGAACAAGGAUGACAAGGGAUAUACGAGUGACUUGCUUGGGCUAAUGUUGGAGGCAUGUGCGCCGGAGCAUGAAGAGAACCAACAACAACUAAGCAUGGAUGAGAUCAUCGCUGAGUGCAAGACCUUCUUCUUUGUAGGGUAUGACACCACAUCACAUUUGCUCACUUGGACAAUGCUCAUGCUGAGCACACACCCAGAUUGGCAAGAGAAGCUCAGGGAGGAGGUGGUGACAGAGUGCAGCGACAAAGUGCCCACAAGUGACAUGCUAAACAAGUUGAAGUUAGUCAACAUGUUCCUCCUAGAAACCCUAAGGUUGUACAGUCCUGUUUCACUCAUAAGUAGGAUGGCUGGCAGUGACCUCGAGCUCAGUGGCAUCCAGGUGCCUAAGGGCACAAUCAUAAAAAUCCUGAUCGCAAUAAUCCAUCGUGACAAGGAGCUGUGGGGGGAGGAUGCCGACAUGUUUAGGCCAGAGAGGUUCAAAAAUGGGGUAUCAAAGGCAGCAAAGCACCCCAACGCUUUGCUCUCAUUCUCGAGUGGGCCAAGGUCGUGUAUCGGGCAAAACUUUGCCAUGAUCGAGGCCAAGGUCGUCAUCGCCAUGAUCCUACAAAGGUUCUCCUUCACACCGUCCCCCAAGUAUGUCCACGUGCCCACUAGUGUGAUCACGUUGCGUCCUAAGUUUGGUCUCCCAAUGAUCCUCAAGAGCCUCAAUGUGUAGAUAAGGAAAUGUUAGAAUUAAGGAAUGCCCAACUUAUGUCUUUUUUAGCAUUACUUUAUUGUAGACAAUGUUAGUGUUGUUCAACCAUAUUUACUCCCAAGUAAUGUUAUUGUGUAGUGGAAUGAUAUAUUCCGUGUGUAUAAAAUUUAUGUCUAUUUGUUGUAUUAAAUAAGAUACCUCGAAAAGAAGCCAACAUA